UCCUACUCUUGACCUAAAGUUGACCGGACGCCAUGGCAUCCUACCAGGCUACGCAGCGGUCACAGCUAGAGAUAAAGCGGGAGGGGGAGGCGUUAGGUUACGCGGGGACAAAGCUUUUAAAAUGGGUCAGGGAUGAGGUGGACGCGGAACGGGCUAGGGUAGACAGGGAAAGAGAAUUUAAGCAAGCAGAGUGGGCUAGGGACAAGGAAAAAGAGGAGCGUCAAAUUCAGCUGUUAGAGUUGGAAAUUAAACGAAUAGAGUUAGCGAAUCGUAGCAACGAGUAUGUGGGGAAGGAGGAGGAGCAAAUAGGUGUCGGAUCAUCGAAGGUAACACUACCAAAGUUUGAUGGGGUGGCCGAUCACCUAGACUUUUUUCUCCUUCGUUUUGAAGAAGAGGCUAGGCAAAACAGAUGGAGGCAAGACUGCUGGAGUAAUGAGCUCCGCAAAUUAAUGCCGGCAGAACUAUUGCCAGUGUGCUUUAUGGGACACAGAGCGGAAGCAAAAGCUUCCUACGAGGAGCGAUGGACUGUUGAUGAGACGAUACACCGACGGACAGGGCGUCGCGUGGGAUCAAUUGGCUGUACCUAAACCGCUGCGGCAGGUGGUACUUGACCUGACCCACAGCAA